GACCUCGGCUGAAUAAUACCUCUCACUCUCUUCGCCUCUCCAUAUCUUCAUCCCUGUCCAAUCAUGCGUCUUCUGCGGCUGGAUUCCCACAAAAACACGUGGAUUCUCGAAGACUUCUCUCCACCUCAUUGUCCCUUCUACGUCAUCCUAUCGCAUACAUGGAGCCGCGACAAUGACGAGGUCAGGUUCGAAGACAUCGAAAGCGGAGAGCGUGAAUACAACGAUACCAGCAAACCAGGUUACGAUAAGCUUCGCUUCUGCCAAACGCGAGUGGAAAGGGAUGGUCUACGUUAUUUCUGGAUAGAUACUUGCUGUAUUAAGAAGUCUGACAGUUAUGAGCUGCAGCGCUCACUAGCCUCGAUGUUCUAUUGGUAUCAGAGAGCUACUAGGUGCUAUGUGUGGCUUCAAGAUGUGUCUAUCAGCGAUGCUACCGACGAUACAGGAAACCAGUGGGAAAAGGCAUUUUCGAAGAGCAUGUGGUUCAAAAGAGGCUGGACACUUCAAGAACCACUCGCGCCAGACUUUGUUAGCUUCUUCUCUAAAGAGAAAAUAUAUGUUGGUGAGAAAAGGAGUUUAGCGUCUACAAUUAGUAACGUUUGUGCUAUUCCUAGACCAGCACUCGAGGGCGUGGAAUUAUCACAUUUCAGCCCAGAAGAGCGUCUAUCAUGGACGAAAGGACGGGUUACUACGGUCCCUGAAGACGCCGCGUAUUGCUUGUUUGGGAUCUUUGAUGUAGAGCUGCCUACGUUGUACGCGGACGGUAAUUAUACCAAAAGGAAAAACAUAGCCAUGGGCAAGCUACAUAAAGCCAUUGACGAAAAGGACGUCGACUUCAAACAUCCAGACGACUGUAUACACAUCGGCGGCGCAUUCUGGAAGGACCUUAUAAUAUUAAGAGAAGAGCAACUGUUAGCGCUGGACUCCGACCUUGACGAAUUCUGCAAAUGGCUUCUCGAGGGCUUUCUUAGCCAAUACGCUGACGAACAUCACAUGCUAAGAGAAACAAUGACCAGGUUGUCGCAGGAUGCAGGCAAGAGGAUGAAAAAAUUGCUGGCAAAUUAUAACGUCCGCUACGAGGAUCUGUCACAUCUUGAAAAUGACAUGCAGUCCUGGGAAUCUUGGGUACGCUAUAGAACCGGUCAUGCGACUUCUCAAACGAGAGUACAGGCGCUAGUGACGAAUCGCUGGCGUAAGAAUCAAGAGCAUGAGAAUACUUUCGAAGGGAUUACGGCAGCUAGAACGCUGGAAAUGUUGAUGAUCUGGAGAGGAACGUGGAACCCCGUUUGAGGAUGAUGGUAAUUUACCACCUAUGUCUUGUGUUUGCUCGCUCUUUAUAUUGUCGCGAGUGUAUUGCGACUAAUCUCUAGACUAGGUCUGCUGGCCCUUACUAGGUAGCAAACGGGGACGCUUCGAGAAUAUCACGUAAUUAGGAUUAUGUUAAUUUUCUAUAUUUAUUAUACUAUAACGUAGAUAAUAAGCGAGUGGAACCUUUAAGCAAGUAGAACCUUUUUGCUAAGACCUAACUAAACUUUAAGUACACUAUAAUGCCUUAACUAGGCAACGUAAAAAAGACUUUAGACAAAAG